UUUAGUUUAGAGUUCAGAAGAUACAAAAUGAUACGACAGCCGUUGGUUGUGCCUUGGCUCAGAGAAGUCUGGUCACUUAACUGCGGCCUUUAACAACAACAAAAUCCGCUCGUUGAAUGAACCAUGGCAUACGUUGAACUUCAGUCAUUGAAAUUAAAGGGAAGUAGAGUGAAAAAUACUACAACUGCCCCUGACUUGCUUACAGAUUCUUAUCCCCUUGACAACAGUAGUGUAACAGAAGUACUAGAUCAUCAGCAAUCUAGAACAGAUUCUAGUUUGUUCAACCAACUAGUAGGAAGAAUACCUACAAAUGAGGUAAACAGUUCAUCAAGAAGUCCUUGGAAUGAAGUGAAUGGAGACUGGCGACAUCAGAGAAAUCCCCUUGCUACCAACGAUCUAGUUAGCACUAGAGAAGAACUACUAUGCUUUGACUCGGACCAAAUAGAUGUGCCUUUGCUAACUUCUUCAGUGGGAGUUGAUGCCCAGUUUAGCAGAGAAUCAGAAACAUGGGAUCAUUGUCAUCAAAGAGAGUUAAAUUCCAACAAGCAGGUUAAAGCUCGAAACCAAUUGAUUGCUGCUUCUCUAUUAUGUCUUGUCUUUAUGAUUGCAGAAGCUAUAGGUGGAUAUUUAUCCAACAGUCUUGCCGUUAUGACAGAUGCUGCUCACAUGCUUUCAGAUUUUACAAGUUUUCUUGUCAGCCUAUUUGCGAUUUGGGUUUCAGCUCGGCCGCCGUCUAAGAAAAUGUCGUUUGGUUACUACAGAGCAGAAAUACUUGGGGCUAUGUUUAGUGUUCUCGUCAUCUGGAUUUUGACUGGUGUCUUAAUUUACCUGGCGAUCGAUCGAAUAAUUCAUCAAGAUUACGAUAUCGAUGCCAAUACAAUGAUCAUCGUGAGUACCAUAGGAGUUGUUAUGAACAUCGCCAUGGGUGCGAUCCUCCACGGGGGUUUAUGCAGUAAAUUGAGCCUUGUUCACCAUGGGCACUCUCAUGGAAUCGGUGGUGGAGGGCACGGCCAUUCCCACGCAAAUGGUGGGCAUGGACACACUCAUGAUCAUCAUGGACAUACGUCGAACAGCUCUCGUAAUAUGAAUGUACGAGCUGCACUUAUACACGUCGUAGGUGAUCUGGUUCAAAGCAUUGGUGUCCUUAUUGCAGCCAUAGUUAUCAAAUACUGGCCUAGUUUUCGCUUAGCGGAUCCAAUUUGCACAUUCCUCUUUUCUGGACUGGUAUUAACCACUACAGUAGGACUGAUCCGGGACGCGUCACAUGUCUUAAUGGAAGGCGUCCCACGCAGUAUUCACUACCAUGAUUUGCGACGAGAUCUUAAGAAUAUCGACGGUGUCUGCAACGUGCAUAGUUUGCAUGUAUGGUCACUCACUCUAGACAGAAAUGCUAUUGCAGUUCAUUUGGCUAUUGGCGUUAUGACGGAUGCAGAGGAGGUAUUAAGUAACGCUACUCGCCUCGUGCAAAUCAAAUAUGGUAUCGCUCAUUGCACGAUUCAGGUUGAAAGGUUUAACGCUGCAGCCAUCGAAGUUUGUCCACAGUGUACGACGUUCGACGAUUAAUUUUGCAUUCCAGAUCUAACAUUCGCAUAACCGUUCCGCAGUCAAGUCCAUCUGCUAAUCUGUGUAUAUAUCUGUACGCUAUAGUUGGCACAAAUUAGCAAUGAUUUACAUAAAUAAUUAUAGGGAUAAUUUGCGCGUGGAACAAAUACAUGCGAGAACUAUUA